UACUUUUUAAUAGCUUUGUCAUGUGACUGGGGACUGUAGUAAGACAGGUGCCUUCAGUUCACUCUCAGUAAGGGGCUGGUCGCCUGCAUGAGUGUGUGCUCUGUGUCACUGUGGAUUGGAGUUGAAAAAGCUUGACUGGCGUCAUUCAGGAGCUGGAUGGCGUGGGACAUGUGCAACCAGGACUCUGUAUGGAGUGACAUCGAGUGUGCUGCUCUGGUUGGUGAAGACCAGCCUCUUUGCCCAGAUCUUCCUGAACUUGACCUUUCUGAACUAGACGUGAACGACUUGGAUACAGACAGCUUUCUGGGUGGACUCAAGUGGUGCAGUGACCAAUCAGAAAUAAUUUCCAACCAGUACAACAAUGAGCCUUCAAAUAUAUUUGAGAAGAUAGAUGAAGAGAGUGAGGCAAACUUGCUAGCAGUCCUCACAGAGACACUGGACAGUCUCCCUGUGGAUGAAGACGGAUUGCCCUCGUUUGAUGCGCUGACAGAUGGAGAUGUGACCACUGACAAUGACGCUAGUCCUUCCUCUAUGCCCGACGGCACCCCUCCGCCUCAGGAGGCAGAAGAGCCAUCUCUACUUAAGAAGCUCUUACUGGCACCAGCCAAUACUCAGCUAAGUUAUAGUGAAUGCAGUGGUCUCAGUACCCAGAACCAUGCAAACCAUAAUCACAGGAUCAGAACAAACCCUGCAGUUGUUAAGACCGAGACUUCAUGGAGCAAUAAAGCAAAGAGCAUUUGUCAACAGCAAAAGCCACAAAGACGUCCCUGCUCCGAGCUUCUCAAGUAUCUGACCACAAACGAUGACCCUCCUCACACCAAACCCACAGAGAACAGAAACAGCCACAGAGACAAAUGCACCUCGAAAAAGAAGCCCCACACACAGUCGCAGGUGUCCCAUUUACAAGCCAAACCAACAACUUUAUCUCUUCCUCUGACCCCAGAGUCACCAAAUGACCCCAAGGGUUCCCCAUUUGAGAACAAGACUAUUGAACGAACCUUAAGUGUGGAACUCUCUGGAACUGCAGGCCUAACUCCACCCACAACUCCUCCUCAUAAAGCCAACCAAGAUAACCCUUUUAGGACUUCUCCAAAAUUGAAGUCCUCUUGCAAGACUGUGGUACCACUACCAUCAAAGAAGCCCCGGCAUAGCGAGUCUUCUGGUACCCAAGGAAACAACUCCACCAAGAAAGGUCCCAAGCAAUCUGAGUUGUACGCACAACUCAGCAAGACCUCGGUACUCACCAGUGGACACGAGGAAAGGAAGACCAAGCGGCCCAGUCUGCGGUUGUUUGGUGACCAUGACUAUUGUCAGUCAAUUAAUUCCAAAUCGGAAAUACUCAUUAAUAUAUCACAGGAGCUCCAAGACUCUAGAAAACUAGAAUAUAAAGAUGCCUCCAGUGAUUGGCAGGGGCAGAUUUGUUCUUCCACAGACUCAGACCAGUGCUACCUGAGAGAGACUUUGGAGGCCAGCAAGCAAGUCUCUCCUGGCAGCACCAGAAAACAGCUCCAAGACCAGGAAAUCCGAGCCGAGCUGAACAAGCACUUUGGUCAUCCCAGUCAAGCUGUUUUUGACGACGAAGCAAACAAGACCAGUGAACUGAGGGACAGUGAUUUUAGUAAUGAACAAUUCUCCAAACUACCUAUGUUUAUAAAUUCAGGACUAGCCAUGGAUGGCAUGUUUGAGGACAGCGAAGAUGAAAGUGAUAAACUGAGCUACCCUUGGGAUGGCACGCAAUCCUAUUCAUUGUUCGAUGUGUCGCCUUCUUGCUCUUCAUUUAACUCUCCGUGUAGAGAUUCCGUGUCGCCACCCAAAUCCUUAUUUUCUCAAAGACCCCAAAGGAUGUGCUCUCGUUCAAGGUCCUUUUCUCGACACAGGUCCUGUUCCCGGUCACCGUAUUCCAGGUCAAGAUCUAGGUCCCCAGGCAGUAGAUCUUCUUCAAGAUCUUGCCACUACUGUGAGUCAAGCCACUGCAGACACCGCACGCACCGAAAUCCUCCCUUGUGCGGGAGAUCACGCUCCAGAUCACCCUGCAGCCGUAGGCCCAGGUAUGACAGCUACGAGGAGUAUCAGCACGAAAGGCUGAAGAGGGAAGAAUACCGCAAAGAGUAUGAGAAGCGGGAGUCUGAAAGGGCCAAACAAAGGGAGAGACAGAGGCAGAAGGCAAUUGAAGAACGCCGUGUGAUAUAUGUUGGUAAAAUCGGAUCUGACACAACACGGACAGAACUGAGGGACCGUUUUGAAGUUUUUGGUGAAAUUGAGGAGUGCACAGUAAAUCUGCGGGAUGAUGGAGACAGCUAUGGUUUCAUUACCUACCGUUAUACCUGCGAUGCUUUUGCUGCUCUUGAAAAUGGAUACACUUUGCGCAGGUCGAAUGAAACUGACUUCGAGCUGUACUUUUGUGGACGCAAGCAAUUUUUCAAGUCUAACUAUGCAGACCUAGAUUCAAACUCUGAUGACUUUGACCCUGCUUCCGCCAAGAGCAAGUAUGACUCUCUGGAUUUCGAUAGUUUACUGAAAGAGGCUCAGAGAAGCUUACGCAGGUAACAUGUUCCCUGGCUGAGGAUGACAGACGCGUGAAUACCUCAUGGGACAGCGUGGCCUUCCCUAACAGACUAUUGGAAGUCAUACUUAGGAAUUUCUCCUACUUUACACUCUCUGUACAAAAACAAAACAAAACAGCAACAAUACAACAAGAACAACAGCAAUG